GGCCGGGCACCAGCGCGUACCUACGCCAUGCAGGGGCGCACAGAUCCUAGUCCCGAUGUUAUCUUGGGUACGUUCAUACUAUUUGAUUCGGUUAUGCAUGCCUUGAUCGAUCCGGGUUCUACGCUCUCCUAUAUCUGUGUUGGCAUGCCUGCUAAUUCUGCGAUCGUGAGGAGUGACCUUGAGAUACCUACCGUUGUAUCGAAUCCGCUAGGACAUAGCAUGCGUCUUCAUCACAUUUAUCAUAGGUGUCCGUUGUCCGUGCAAGGGAAGCAAUUCCCUGCAGAUUUGAUAGAGCUACCACACAAGGAGUUUGACAUUAUCCUUGGUAUGGAUUGGCUCACCGAGCAUAGAGCAGUGGUCGACUGCAGUUGUCGGACCGUACGGCUGAGAGCCGAGGACGGUAGCGACGUAUCACUCUCCGGGGAGGUGUUCCCCAAGGCUCCCGAGUUCAUAUCGUCCUUGAGCGCGAGGCGCUUGAUUCGCAAGAAGUGCGAGAUGUUCCUGUGUCACGUUCAGGAUAUGCGAAAAGAAUCACCACGUCAGCAGGACAUCCGUACGGUUUGCGACUUCCCCGAUGUCUUUCCCGAAGACCUACCUGGUUUGCCUCCGCCGAGAGAGCCAUCGCCGCAGCUUCUCCUUCGCCGGAACUCCGUCGCCCACUGCCAGUUCCAGCGCCGCCAAUCGCCGCUGCUUCCUUCGUCGGUCGUCCUCGCCAUCGAGCUGCAGCGCCGCUAUUUUGCCUUCGUCGGUCGUCCGCCGCCAUCGAGUUGCAGCGCCGCCAGUCGCUGCCCAGCGCCACCGAGUUGCACCGUCGCCAAGCCUCCAGCCGCCGUCGCCCUUAGCACAGCGGCCAUCCUCACCGUCGAGUGCAGCGCCGCCACGCCGAGCGCUGGACGUCGCCUCCCCUACCGGCGUCCGCCAUCAUCGCCGUCGAGCUGCCGCUCCGCCACUGUCGCCGUCGUCCGUCACCGUCGCCGCAUCCAGCCGCUGCCCCGGAUUGAUAUCGCCGGCAGAUUAACCUCCACGCCGGAUUGAUUGGUCGAUUUUGUAUUUUGACUCAAUUUGACCCGUUCGUUUGAUUUCGUUGAUUUGUCUUCCGUUCGAGCUAUCGAUUCGAUUUCGGCGUAAUCCAGGUCCGUACUAUGAAGUUAAUAGCGUUUAGAAUAGAUUUAAUGGUUUGGA